AUGAGUUGUUUUAUUGUGAAGGACCAUCCCGGACCUCCGCCUCCUCCGUGCGCUCUCUCUCCGCUCAUCCCCCUCACGGUGCAGCGGUGUGCGGAUGUUCCCUUCUCCCGUACUCGGACACCAGACCCCGGGGGCUUCGUCUGCAUCUGUCCCGCCUCCAGAGCACUUUCCCCGGCCGUGUGUACAGACGCCCGCCCCACAAACAACAUGGAGAUUGAGAAAGAAGUGAAAAAAAUGACUCUGGGACACGAGUUUGGAGCUGGAGCCUCGUGUCUCAAAUGUAAAGACAAAUGUGAAGGCUUCGAGCUGCACUUCUGGAGGAAGAUCUGCCGUAACUGUAAGUGCGGCCUGACGGAGCACGACGUCCUCAUGAACUCUGAGGAGAACACGAAAGUGGGAAAACUGUUCGAGGACACAAAGUACACAGGGCUGAUGGCCAAGCUGAAGCGGGAGGGGAUCCCUGGGUACCAGUCCAACAUGUGUCUGACCGUGAACAUGCCGGUCUCCUCCAUGGCUCAGAUGGUGUCUCCAGGUCUCUCCUCCUCUGCUCUGGUGCCUCCUCACUCUGGCUCCUCCUCAGGAUACUCCUCCAUCAGCUCCUCCACUGGAUCCAUACCCGGGACUGUGGCUGGGACUGGACCAGGUGCUGGUUCCUUGGGUCUUGGAUCGGGGUUGGUGCUGGUUCUACAGGAGUUGGUGCUGGUUCUACAGGGGUUGGUGCUGGUUCUGCAGGGGCUGGUCCUGGUUCUACAGGGGUUGGUGCUGGUUCUACAGGAGUUGGUGCUGGUUCUACAGGGGUUGGUGCUGGUUCUGCAGGGGCUGGUCCUGGUUCUACAGGGGUUGGUGCUGGUUCUACAGGGGCUGGUUCUACAGGGGGGAUCUCGGUGA